AUGGCUGGACGUGCUACUCAACAAGGUAGUGCCAUCCCAGCCUGGAGAAAAAGAAUCGAGGACCGUAUCGCAAAGGCAAAGGCCCUUAUCGGCAGACUGACAAGCUUCAGGUCGGGUAAUAUUAAACUGAGAGUUGUGCGCACCGUUAGAAUGGCGUUUGCUGGGACAAAUAUUAGUUUGUCCCAGCCGGAUAUCACGCAGAAACUAACGGAGCGCAUAGAUGACCUGAAGCAAAAAAAUCGCUGCUUGGGGAAGCGGAUUCGACGAUUUAGCGAGAGGUCAAGGCGGUUCAACCAAAAUCGUCUCUUCCAGAGUGAUCAGAAAAGGCUCUAUAAAUCAUUGGAGCGACCAGAGGUAUGUGGAGCGGGCCCAGGACCGGAUCAGGCUGACAUUGUCGCAUUUUGGCGUGGCCUGUGGUCAGAGCCCGUAAACCACAGCGAGGGCCCUUGGAUGGAAGUUGUGGCGAGCCAGAGUGCAAGUGUUACCCCAUGUACCCCGUCACCAUAA